UGCGGGGGCCCGAGAACUUGAAAGUGGAUUUGGUAGUUCAUUCGUUUUUCGGGUCCAAGUGCUGACUCAGCUAGGUUUUAGGUGCUCUAUAAUUGAAAACGGCAAGGAAUAUGGACCCACUCAGUUUCACUGUUUCGUUUCCCGACUCCGUUUCUCAUCUAUACUGGGGUAUGAUUCUAACAUUGCUUUGUGUGAUCACAAGUUCCACCAAUGCGUUGCAAAUCUUAUUCUUGGCCAACCAAACGUGUUUGCGUGCCACAAAGCCAAGCGGACGCGAUCCUGGAAGAGCCGAGUGCCGGCUUCUAAGAAACCGUACUAGGGACCAAGCUGUGAGCGGCAGCAUUGCUCAUGACCAAGCCAUGUCACUGCAGGGACAUGUAUGUCUAAGAGCCAGACAUAUUACUUGACAUAUAUCGGGAAUGCUCCCUUGGCGAUAGAGCCUGGGCGAUUAUUAAUGUCAUUGUAUACGCAGUUGCUAAAGUCUUUUAAGAGCUUAUAUAGCAUGAACUUAUCGUUAUUAAUAGCUUAU